UUUUUGUGUCUGAACAAUAUGAAGCUGUGGCUGCUUUUGCCUUGUGUUGUGGCAAGUGUCAGCAUUUCCAAAAGUCGUCGGUUUGACAAAGAAAAAGUAUUCCAUGUCAAGCCAGAUGAUGAAAAGGAAGUGAAUUUCAUUAAACAUUUGGAUGAAACAAUGAAGCUUGAUUUUUGGAAACCUCAAUCAGCUCAUCAUAUUACGCCAAAAUCCAGUGUGUACUUCCACACCAAUGCAGAACACUCGGAAACCAUUGUGGAUCUAUUAAACAGGAAAGGAAUUCAGUACAAGGUCAUUAUCCAUAACUUACAAGAAGCCAUUGACAACCAGUUUAGAAAACAAGGUAAAUAUCAGAAGGGUAUGCCAAGGUACCGUCAAUGGAAGGAGAUUGCUAUGUGGGCUUAUUCCAUUUCAAUAAAAUACCCAAAUUUGGCCUCCUUGGUUACAAUUGGAAACACGGUUGAAGGACACCCCAUGCACGUUUUGAAGAUUGGAAACCCAAAGUCAGGCAAAAAGGCUGUGUUUUUGGAAUGUGGCAUUCAUGCCAGAGAAUGGAUUUCUCCAGCUUUCUGCCAGUGGUUUGUGAAUGAGGCAAUUCAUACAUAUGGAAAAGAUAAAUCUAUGACUAAGCUCUUGGAUAAUCUCAUAUUCCAUGUUUUGCCUGUAUUUAAUAUUGACGGCUAUAUCUUUACCUGGACAAGUGAUCGGUUAUGGAGAAAGAAUCGUGCCACAACUCCAAAUGAACACUGUUUUGGCAUUGAUCUCAACAGGAAUUUCAAUGCUUCAUGGACAGAUGAUGGAUUUUAUGGUGAUCCAUGUUUUGAAAUUUAUUCUGGAACUGGCCCAGAGUCUGCACCAGAAACUAAAGCAGUUACUGGACAUAUUCGUGAUCACCUUUCUAUUAUGAAAGCGUACAUCAGUUUCCAUGCAUUCGGACAGUUGCUCAUGUAUCCCCAUGGAUAUACAAAGGAAUUGGUACCAGAUCACGAGGAACUGAACAAGAUAGCAAAAUCUGCUCUUGAUUCCCUGAACAGCCUUUAUAACACCACCUACAAAUAUGGACCCAUUGCAACUACAAUAUACAAAGCUUAUGGUGCAUCACUUGACUGGACGUAUGAUGUAGGAAUUAAAUACUCAUAUGUUUUUGAACUACGCGAUGAUGGAGAAUAUGGUUUUCUUCUUCCUGAACAUGAUAUUGAACCAACCUGCAGAGAGACCAUGCUGGCUGUGAAACAAAUUACCAGCUAUCUGAUUGAUCUGGAUACUUAG